UGAGGUGUGGACUUCUUUGUGGUGAGGAAAGAAUUGAGACAUGUUCAUGGGGACGAAGUAAUGUGGACAUCUUUGUAGUGACGAAGUGAUGUAGACGUUGUUCCGGUGUUGAAGAACCGCAGACGUCUUUGGGCACGGACUCAAAACGGACCAUGGAUAAUAAUAUGUUCUACAUGCCAAGGUCUGAGCCAUGGGAUGGUGAGGGUUUUGAACCUGCACCCCAGAAAUACUUGCUCAGCCGUACACAGUCCGACCAGGCGGCCCGAGGCCUGGAAGGACCAGGCAGCUACAAGACUUUCCCGCCCAAACCUGCCAACAGAGGCCUGACGCCAGGCGCAUCCCAGCCCCCGGGACACCUGCCAGUCGCCCCACAGAUUGCGUGUCCGCCAGAGCAAGGAUUCCCGGACUGCUACAGUCCCCCGCCGCCACACAACAGGACAGCCGCCCCACUGCGCCCCGUACCACCGCCCAGGUCCUCUCGCAUCCGUGGGCCGGUGACGUCAUUUAGCGAGGCCAGGGGCGAGAACAAGCCGGGCAGACGGCGCAAGAAGGAGGUCAAGAAGGAGUCCAGUGGGCCGGUCACGCCCACCGAGCUGGUGGAGUUGGGUCCCCGCGGCCCCUGGUACUCGUCCAGUGGAGAUGACCGCAGUCCGUUCUCGGGGGUGGGUCUACGCUGGCACAGUGGUCUGGCCUACUCCAGCAGUGACGCGGGCUCCAGACCACCGCCACCCCGGCCCAACAAGGCGUUCCAGCGGUCUUCUUCCGAGGAGCACACGCCCUCUAACCACGCCAGUUGUCUACAGCUGGGCGGCGCGGGAAGGAGGAAGACGCCUCCAGGUUCGCGAGUGAGAGCACUGAUCACUGGUCAAGUUGACCACCGACCUAACAGAGACUCGUAUUCGUCUGGCGUUGAUCGACUUUCCGAUUUCCCCUUUGGUGUGGACGAGUACGCCGUGCAGCAGCAUGGCCCCUAUGGGGAAGAGAACCCGCAACAGCAGCACUAUAAACAGCAGCAGCAACAAUAUCAACAGCAACAGCAGCAGCAGCAGCAGCUUUUUCACCAAAACGACUACCACACCGCUCAUUACACACAGCAACAUCCACACGUGACACGUGACGUCAGCGAAGAGACUUUCCAGAGACUGCCGUCUGGAUACCCCCGCGUCCACGACAUGCCCCCUGCCAGUCCGAACCCUAGCUCGUACAACUUCAACAACCGUGUGCAACCGAAACGAGAGAGCUUACCGAAAAACUUUGAGGACCUCGAUCUCUCUAUCAAGAACGAAUUUGAGAAGAUCAGAAAGACAUACGACAAAGGACGAUCGGACGAGGACGAGAACAGAAACCGUCUUUCAGCGAAGCGGAACAAAACCAGCUCAAAACGUAAACCGAACAACACGAGUGUGCGAGCAAACGGAAAGAACAACAGCAGCAACAGCAACAGCAACAGCAACAGCAACAACAACAGCAACAAAAACAGCAGUGGCAAAAGCCGCAAAUCUCAAGCACUGCACAAUGUCUUCGCUUCUCACACCGCCAACAGUGAGCCCAGACGUCAAGGUUCUACGUCAUCCAGACAGGACGGGACGUCACCCGAGAAGGAGAAGGAUCUGGUCAGUCAAAAAGACUCCUCUAGACAGCAACUCCGCGAUGACUUUGACGAGAAGCGGCGUCGUCGGACGCGGAACCACGUGAUCUUCCUGCUGGUGGUGCUCGUGGUGGUGGCGGUGGCCGUGCUCUCUGCCGUGCUGGUGGCUACGCUAGGCUCCUCAGCCGGCUACAUGAUGAGCACCACGCCAGCAAGCGUGACAAACUACUGUAAGUGUUUCUAG